CUGACCGCUGGAGGGGACUUUCGGACUUUAUUAUGAACUGAAACAGUGUUUUUAGUGUUAUUGUUAUUGUUAUUGUUAUUGUUAUAGUUACUGUUGUUCUAAACUCGCUGCGGGAGAAACCGAGAGCAUGUCAGAGAGCAUCGUGAGGAAGAUCCAGCCUUUCACCAUCGGGACUAAACUCUCCGCGCCGGCCGGACACGACUACCGGACUCUGGACAGCUGCGCGCUCCAGCGCCGUCUGACCGGGCAGGUGUCUCCGGGCCUCGUGCGCGCCACUGACACGCGCGCACCUGGCGGCGACCCUCCGGACAGGCUUGGCGAGCAGGAGAUGGACCGCCUGAACAGAAACGAGACCCCCGCGACCACCAACACCACAACCACGACCGCUCCGUCCUCCAGAUCCAUCCGCAAGAUCACCAUCUGCAGCGGGCUGGAGAGCCGCAGGACAGCGGCGCACAUCAGCGCGAGCUCCGAAAACAUCAACAACAACAACAACAUCAUCACACAGCUGCCCAGGAUAGUGGGGGUCAGCUGUGAGAACGAGCCUCACUCACAUUUCAAGGUUUUGCUGCGUAAAGACUCAGACGAUGAGCAGCGCAGCAGCAGCGAGAGGACGAACGGAUUUCUACUCAACGGGGAGAAUCGCUCAGAGAUCCAGCAGACGCCAGCGUUCAAAUCUCGAUCACCCAAAAGGGACCUGGUGAAGGGAAACAGCCCACCCUGCAGUCACAGAGAGAUCUCCAUGGUGUCGAAGGUGUUGUCGGUUCAGAAGGACUGUUUCACUCAGCAAAACGCACUCUUCAGCAAGGAGAUAUCUCAGGCCGAGGCCUGGAUCCAAGGGAAGCUGAAGAAUCUCCGAGAUGGCGGUAAUAUGCAGAGAUGCUCCUUGGCUGAUUGGGAGGAAGUAUCUCAGACUCUCCAGAGAGACCUGAAGGACUUUGAGAACACGCUCAUUCAGCUUAACCAGAUGGGGGAGCAGUUGAUGUGUAAGCUGAACCCGACCUCUGACCUGGUGAAGAUGCAGCUGGGUCAGCUCAGAGACCAGUGGAGCACGCUUAAACAGACCGCCGCCACUCAAACCAGAGCAAUGGGCGGAGCUCAGAGUCUGCAGGAGUUCAACAGGAAGGUGGAUCAGCUGGAGAUGUGGAUCAAACGGAAGGAAGAGGAGCAGUCGCUGGCCAGCCUCUUAGGGGAAAACAUGGACAAGCUGCAGCUGACGCGGAGGAUACUAGAUUUGAAACAGGAUGAGCAGCUGUAUAGAAACCUUCACGAGGAGAUCAACCAUCUGGCCCUCAAACUGGAGAAGCAGGCGAAGGGCGAGGGCAAGAGCAUCUCCACCAGGAGGAAACACAUUAAUAAAAUGUGGCUGAAAGUUCAGUCCCACUUGAAAGACUGUCGGGAAAAUCUACAGCUGGCUUUGGAAGUCUCCUCCUUCUACCAGCAGGCUGAUAACAUCAUCUGUUCCAUCAACAACAUGAGAAAAGGCCUCUCCGUAACCGACAGAGCUGGAGAAAGUGGAGACGGAGAGAUUCGGGAUAUUGCCAGUCAAAUUAUGGUUCUGGAUGUAACAGUAUCCCAGCUUUCUAACCUGCACCCUGCUCUGGCUACCAGAGUGUCCCAGAAGCAGGCCGAGGUGAAGGACAGCUGGCUCCUGCUCCAGAGUGCUAUCAGGAAUGAGAAGGCCGUCCAGUCGCACUCAGCCACCAGGGAAGACGCCGACCUCCCGACCUCAAAUGGAGAACCGCUCAAAAGCGUGGGAACAGACCCGCACAGAAUCAUGGGAAAGGAGGUGAAGGAAGAGCAAAACCGAUUGAAAGAGAUUACGGGUGGUCAACACUCUGACAAUGGCAGGAAGUCCCCAGACAGCCAGCAGGAACCUCAGCCAAACCCGGCGGAGAGCCUGGGGUACGUGUGUGCCAGCGAUGCCAGUUCCAGGUUCCAGACGCAGGGCAAAAGUGGAUCUCCGCCGAAGUCCAGCAGCCACCCACAGCUCCAUGUGCAGCUCCAGAAAUUCACUGUGUCUGCAGACAAGACUCUCUCCUGGCUCAAAGACAGCGUCACCAUGGCAACACAUGUCUGCAGCGGUGUAGGAGGGCCAGGCAGCUACGAGAUAGCCAAGAGGUACCAAGCGUCUCUGGAACAGGAUAUCCUGUCCAACAAAGCCCGCAUAGAGCUGGUCAAGAAGGAGGGUCACAGCCUGGUCCGAGCUCAGCACCCCGGCAGUGCCAAGAUCCAGGAGUUCCUCAGCCAGCUGGAGGUUCUGUGGGAGGAGCUCAAAAGACGCCACCAGAAGAACGCGGUGGUCCUGCAGGCCUCGGAGGAGCUCAACUACAGGGCAGUCAGGGUGCUGCAGGCGCUGGGCAGUCUGGAGGCCUGGCUGGAGGCUGCAGAGCUGUCCAUCAAGCAGGCGUCUUUGGCAGGAGACCCAGAGUCGGUGAGUGUGGCCGAGCGAGAGAGCUGUCUGCUGGAGAGAGAGCUGGAAACACGCAGCCUGGAGCUUCACAACCUCAAGCAGGAGGUGGAGGCCCUCUGCAGCCAGAGACACCUCCGCACCCAGCUGCUCCCCACGCGCAUGGAGGAGGUGGAGAAGAAGUUCAGCAGCGUACAGACGGCGCUGACGCAGCAGAGCUCUGAGCUGAAGGACACGCGCAUGCUGACCGAGUUUCUAGAGCGAGUGGAGCUGGAGGAGAGUCACUACGGAACCCUGGGGCAGCCUCUGAAAAGCGAUCUGGACUGUGACCCGUCGCUGCUGCCGCUGGAGGGGAGCAGACGCAGCCGGCCUGUGAUGGAGAGUCUGGGAGACCCUGUGGAGGAGCUGAGGGAGGCUGUGGAGAUGCUCAAUGACACGGCGAGAGAAAGAGGACGCUCUCAGUCACAUGACCACAGCAUUCAGGAGCUCCACAGCAGACAUUCCACUGUGGCGGCGCAGGUGGAGCAGUGUCUCCAGCGCUGCGCAGAGCUGACCGUAGACGUGCUGGAGAUGGAGAGAGAGAUGGCCGUCCGGUGUGAGCCAGAGCGCUGCGGUCUGGACGGCCUGCAGGAGCAACAGGACCAGCUGGAGACUGACUAUGAGGCCUUGAAGGAGGAGGUGAAGGCCAUGGAGAGUCUGUCCACUCAUCUGGCAGCCCUGUGUCCAGAGAGAGUGCGGGCACUGAGGAGUGAGGUUCAGGCCAGCCUGCUAGCCUGGGAAGAUCUGAGCAAGAGCAUGGCUGAAAACCGGAGCCGACUGCUGCAGUUCGGCCGCCUUCGCCACUUCUUCAGGAACUACUUGGCGGUGAUAUCUUGGACAGAGGACACCCGUUCACGCAUAUUCUCCGAGAGCGCUCUGCGUCAGGGCCGAGAGAGCCAGGCCUCCAUGGUUGAGCUUCUGGACCAGCAAAUAGAGCAGAAGUUCCAGGAGUUUGAUCUGCUUGCAGCUGCAGGGAAGAAGCUGCUCAGUGAGGAUCACCACUUGGCCAAGAUGAUCAAAGAGAGGAUGGAGGAGCUCAGAAGCAUGCUGGGAUGGAUCCUUGUCCACUGGAGAGCCCAGAAGGACCAGUGGCUGAACAGGAAGAGAGCAGAGGAACCGCACAACGAUGCCAUUUACUCCGAGGCCACGGUCUGCUCUCUUGUUCCACAGCCCGAGUCAGAAACUUCUACUGAAGACCAACAGAUGAGGACAGAAGGCUCUGCCACUGCUCCCCACGGUGGUCUGGAAGACGGAUAUGAGGUGAUGAAAAGCGUCAGUCCUAAAAGCAGCGAGACCCGGAGAGCCUUGGAAGAAUGUGAUUCACCUUACCUGCUGCUGAAAGAACCCAGCGCUCCUUCACUCGGAGGGACAGUCAACCUCAUCCUCAGCUUCAAUAACUCAGGGGACAGUCAGCUGCAGGUACAGGAGCCGGACCACGAGAAGGUUGGGGAGCUCUCAGAGGCCGUGCACAGGCCUGCCGAGCCUCACUAUUCUGUCUGUAAAAGCUUUUGGAAACGCUGCCAGGGUCUUUUUGGUAGUUUAAAGCGAAAGAAAAAGGUUUAUCAACAAAGUGCUGAAGAGGUAAGUACGUACUUGCAUGUUAAGGACGCCAUCCAGUCAGUAGCCCCCGUGUACGAGAGUAUGACACUGCCUCCACCUCACGGCACGGUGCACAGCCCUGCCUCCUUCUCUCCUCGUGCCUCCUGGCGCUCCUCCUCCUCCUCCCCAGAGGUGGACAGCACCUCCCUGGAGUAUCUGCCCAGGAACAGCACCACCAUCUUCAGCAGCUUACGAAGGAAAAGCAAGAAGAGGAAGAAGAAGAAAGACGCCCGCAGGCACACCGUCCAGAGAAUCAUGGGUGUGGAACCUUCAGAGGAGGCAUCUUCUCCACCAGAACAUGAGCCUCUCACAUACAACAUGCAUACCUGGCCUCUGAAGGACAAGAAGAAGAGAAAGAACGAGAGGAGGUCUGACCGUAAAGACCCUCAGCUCAUGGACUAUGUGAAGAACCCCCUGGUGAAGGACAUUGAUGCUGAAUGCUUAGGAGGACUCACUUCUCCUGAUCCAUGCGUGACUGUGGAACAGUCCACCUCAGGUCAUGUGAAGAACCACUGCAGGUUCCUCUCGCUGGGUUCUGUGCUGAGUUUUGACCUGCCUAAGGACAUGAGCCUCAUCCCAUGUAUUCAAGACAUCAUCACCAUCGGUCCAGCUGAUUCCAGGAAAGCAGCCUCCCAAGACCAGGACUCUCAUCCAGAGCACACUACGGCUCUAAGCACCUUCAAACUGGCUCGCUCACAACCCACACACAAACAUGGAGACCCCAAACCCGCACCUCCUGGGGAGAUAUCCCUCAAGAUCGACUGCCAGAACAAUCAGAAGAUCCAUAUAGAUGCCGUUUCCGUUUAUCAUAAUGAUGUUCCUCCUGCUCCUCCUCCAGCUGAGGACGUCCUAUUUGAGGAAAGUCAAACCUCUUCUCUUAGUGAUCCAACCAGCAUCAGGCUUCACGGAGAAGCGAGCCUUGGGUGGGAUCAAAUGGCAGCCCACCUGGGCAGCAGUGAUCACCAGCCUCCAACUUCAAUCCAGGAAAGUCCAGAGCAGAACCAAGAGAGUAUCUCAGCCCCAAAUCAUCACCAGACGUCUUCUACAGCUGAGGAACACAUAUGCCCCAGCGUCCACACUCUGAUCCAGGACCUUCAUGGCCAUCUCUACCAUAAAGCCAAGCCCACAUGCUCUCAACCAAGCAGAGAAAGUCCUGGGGCCACCCAGAGCCACGCGUCCCACGUCGUCUUAAACUUCAAAGCCAAUGGAAGAGAAGACUCCGUGGAUUCCGGCCACUCAAGCUCUGGUAGCUUCAAGCUGUGCAUGGAGCCCCCAUAUGUGGACACCUCUGAAUACCCAGCACCCAGGAGAACUUUGGGGAAGCUAUCAUCUCUGGAAGUAGAAGAGCCUCACAGGAACGUGGAGCCCACUAACUCACCAGUAGAUGACCCUGUCCACCCUGACCACCAGCAGUUUGAGCAGGAAGAGGAGGAGCUGGAGGACAUUUGGAACCAGACUAACGGCUAUCGCCAGAGCAUCUGCUCGGACAUCAUGUACCAGACUGAGCCCGCCGGCUCUUCUCCAGACCAGCAAAGGGACCCCUCACCUAAAGAGCAAGCCGUACUGGUCAGAAAGAUGAUCACCGCCUCUGCUCCCAACCUUCUAGUAGCUGAGUUCAGACUUCCAUCCUCCAUUCACAACCUGGUGGGUCACAGGAAGGACUGGAGCCCCAAGGAGGACGCUCGUAUCUUAUCUAAUGGAGAGAGAAGGUCCUGGGGCGCAUUCCCUCAACAGGAGCAGGCGUCCAGCGAGGCAGUGGUGGUCAAUGAAACGGCCUCAGAACCUGUGAAAAUUCCAGAGCUUAAGGAUCAUCAAAACUAUAUCUACCAGUAUAGAGAGGAGGAGGAGGAGGAGGAGGAGGAGGAAGGUGAUAAAGGGGGUAUGAAGGAUCAGUCCAUGAGCCUUUUGUCUGUUCAUAUGGGCCUGGACGGGGAUGCCCAGGUACCCAACCACAACACUGGGGUGCAGACCGCCUCCAGCCCCAUGAGCUCCAGGCGAGAGUUCCCGUCUAUGGAGGGGACACUAGAGAGGAAGCACAGACUGCUGCUGGGGGGGAGGAGAGCGCCGUGCAGGGCGUGGAGCUCAUACCACGCUGUCCUGUACAGACAGACGCUGUGUUUCUACCAGGACAGAAAAGACACCAUGAGGAGCUCUGUGACAAGCCUGCCGCUGAACCUAACCGGUGCCGAAUGUGUCCCAGCACCAGAGUACAGCAAGAAACCCAACUGCUUCAGCCUGAGGCUGCGUGACGGAUCCGAGUACCUUCUAAGUGCCUCCUCUCGCUUCAUGAUGAAGAAGUGGAUGCUGAGAAUCCAGGCCAACGCUGAGUCCAGUGAGUCCAGUGAAGCUAAUAUAACCACAACGUACGGGUCCACGGCACAGGCCACGUUCCCCAGGGGUUCCUCAUCAUCUGCUGGCUGUCAGUGCAGAGCUGCGUGCCAGUGCUCCACGAAGGGAGACGGUCACUGGGCUCUCCAGAGCCGCAGUCAGUCGGUCAGCUCGGCCAGAACCAAAGAGAUUGUGGUCCUCGCCGGAGAUGCCUCGCACAUCUCUCAGUGGCGUUGUGGGAGUCCGGAGGAGCUUUCGCCCACCUUAACUUCAGCCGCAGGACAGUGUGAGUCCCCAGGCGUUCUGCUGGAACAGAGGUUCCACUCUCAAAGCCCCAGAGCUCCGUCCUCCUCUGUCUCCCCCAGCCAGGACUGCAAGAGACGCUCCCACUCCUUCACCUCAGCAACGUACCAGCGGAUCAAGCCGUGCGCAGCGCCCCCUGCAGGCAGCAGCCAGAACAGCGGCUCCAGCUACUCUGUGACUGUGUUCAUAGGCGAGGGGGAGAGGCCGUCGGUGUGCAGCAGUGCGGUUCUCUCUCAGCCCAACAGCUGCAGACAGCAGUCCAUCUCCGAGCUGCCUCUCCGGGGCUACGCCAGCCUCCCCCGCAAAUCCGUCUUCAGGAAGUUCUUCGGGAAGAAGGAGUAACCGGGCCCUCGGUGACGCAGCAGGCUAACACGUCACUGACUGUCUACAUGUGCAGGACACAACUGAGACGCUUAAUUAUGAUUCUGAUAUUUAUGGUGAGGAGAGUGAGGAGCUUUUACAGAGUCGCUGAGGAAUGAGGACAAUUAAUGGUUUGGAGCAAAGACUUUCACCUGACUUUACUGAAAGAGCAGAUAUAUAUACUAUAUACUUAAAAAAGAUGGUUCUUCAAGGGUUCUUUAGUGAGGAAAAUGGUUCUAUAUAGAGCUAUAAACACUUAAAGAACCUUUGCAUGGUGAAAAAGUUCUUCAGAUUGAUGGAAAGUGGGUUUAAUAUGGUUCUAUAUAGCAUCUAAAAGAACCAUUUUACAAUGCAAAGAGUGCUUUAGUCACGCAAAGAGUCCUUUGAGUGUUCACAGUUCUAGAGAGAACCAUUGUCUUUACUAAAGUACCCUUGAAAAACCAUCAUUUUUAAGAAUGUACACCACUAAAAUGAUAUAUUGGGAAGAGCAAUCAUCUUAAAUCUAGUCUAUAUAUCUAAUAUUUCUAAUUGUGAGAUGGUUGUAGGAACAUAAUGACUGUAUAAGUAAAAUAUUAUUGAAAAUAUAAUCCGUCUUAAUGAACAUGUUUCUAGCACUGUGACUCUGACUCUGCUUCAUAAGCUGGGUUCUGAUUCAUGGCAGGAAACUUAGUGAUAAUUUACAGGAUUUGUUCAUUCAGAGUGACAAAGCAUGACUGAUGUGUGAAUUAUAUUCCAAUUUAUGUGUUUUUUAUCUCAAAAAUAUUUCCGUCUUUGUGAGAUCACAUACUUUACAUAUUAACUAAACGCAUCAGCAGCUCUCAGAUCACGCCAAAGCAGAUUAAACAGCAGAAGCGGCCUUUUCUGCAUCUGUCCUAAAAGCCUGUUCUAGAUCACUGUAUCAGUACCGGCACAGUUCUGUCUAAUCGGUCACUUCUGGGUUUUAAACAUCAGUUUUAUGCAUCAAAUCGUCCAGCAGUGCAGAGAUGCAGUAAACCGGAGAGCUUAGAAUCUCAGGAUUCGACUCCCACGAACCGUUUUAUGAUCCGUUAUUCACAGCAGUGACGAUCGUCUCGUUAACAGCAUCAGCGCCGAACGAUCAAACACUAUCAGAUCUGAGUGUCGUCACCUUCAGAGCCUCUCCGCCUCCACAGAGACACCAUCAUCCAGAACAUGAGGUCUGAUAACACGGCAAGAGUCAGAGAUCAGUUCAGAGAUCUGAGUCAGGAGGAAAUAAACUCCUCCGUUACAGACUCUGUUACUCUGAGUCGGUGACUCAGUUAUUCUGAUGGUGGACAGUGUUUCCUUUCAAAUGAGACCAACAUCACGACUGUAGCCCAGAGUAUGAGGGAACAGCGCCCCCUUUACUUUGGGUACGCCAUUUCAGGCAGCAAUGGGACCACAGUUAACAGGUUAACUUAGUUCUAGACGUUUCUGCUUGUUUUAAGUCUUUUUACUUGCUUGCAGACAAUUUUGCUUGUUGUAAGAAAUAAAGAGUUUUGUUGCAAAACGUAUUAUAGAUCAACAUAAAACAUAUUUUGGUCAUGAUGUACCUUAUUAGGAGUGGGCUUCACAUAUCUAAGAAAUAUCAAUGCUGUAUUAUUAUUAGUACCAAUUUUAUUAGAGAAAUAAAAGGCGUUUACUUUUAUAUAUCAGCUGAUAUUCUCCUCACAAACGCAUAGUAUCUAAAAUUAUAAUUAAAUCCCCUUAAAAAGUACUUAAAACAUGCGUGAAACAUCUAACAAUAAGAUAAUAUAAUUUACCAGCUAUCUCAAUAAUAAAACCAUCUCAGAAUGUGAAAUGUUAGAUAUUUAGAGCAGACUGAAGAUGUCUGAGGUGUCAUUUUUGCAGUGUACUGCUGUGCAGCCUGUCUUAAAGCAGGUUAAAUGUGUUACUGUGGUUUACUUUGACAUUUUUCAGCGUUUUGUCUCGGAUGACGGCCACUUUCUUCCUCCUCUCUGAUCUCCUUGUUGAAGUUUGUUGUGUAGUUUGAUAUUCGUGUGGAUUGCAGUUUAUUUCCAUGAUUAUCUCAGUCUUUCCAGCCUUUCCAGCGUCCACUGGUUUGGUUCUUGUGUGUAGGGUCCAAAAUAUUGUUUUCACACAAACUUUUGAAUGUGUUUUUGUACAUUUUGAACUUUGAACACUGUAUGCAAAUGAACAUUCACUGUCUGGUUCUUCUGAAACGGAAGCACCUUUUUUAAGUUUGAUAUGGUCUUUAUACUGCUUGGAUAGAGCAUCGCACACAAUGUUGGAACGUACACACUCAGUGUGAUGUAAACGCCUUAAUACACAACGUUUGUGAUGGC